AUGGGCUCGGAAGUUAUCACUUUCAUUUCCAUUGAACGUCCGCCUGCGCGGCCAAAGGAGUACCUGCCGACUCCUAGCUGGAGCAAGGAGAUCACCUUGCCCUACCACUCACGCGAAACGUCCAUUAAACAUCCUGCAUACCAGUCGGAUGCGAAUCGCCGGGAUUUCGCAAUCCACCGCGAAGACAGACGCCGCGCAGGCGGACGUUCGAUGGAAAUGAAAGUGAUAACUUCCGACUACGAAGAGAUCACUGAUACGCCAUCGAACCCACCACGAAACCAGGAGGUUUCUCCCCCACCGCAGAAAACCCUAGUACAUAGGUUUGCGCCCAUGCAUAUAUGCGAAAUCAGUGCAAAUGCUUUCCACCACGAGAUGAUGCGAAACGACUCCGAGUUUUUUCAGACUAGCAUCUACGAAAUCGAUCAGAUCAUUCAUGAAAAGGAGUUGGUAGAGGACGAAGAAACGCUCCGCCUCAUCCAGCAGAAGCUUCCGCAUAUGCACCGGAGGUACACUGAUGUCUUUUCGAAGUUGGAAUCGGAUCGAAUUCCCCCCCAUGUUACGACGGAACAAGAAGGCUGGCCAACUACAGGACAGGAAGGAGGGAGGUCGCAUGAGACCGGCCCUGAUAUCGAAGAUAUCAUUAGAAGUUUACCAGAGCAGGUAAUCAAGGAUAUCAAGGAGGUGCAAUGCAAUGUGAGGACGUUUGCUCAGGCACAAAAGGAGAGUUUAAAGGAGUUUGAGCUUGAGAUUCAUCCAGGAUAG